AUGGAGGAUACUAUUAACCAUCUACAGCCCAGGCCUUAUUACGACCCAGAAACAUUUAAUGUUGGCUAUUCUGCUGUGUUUAAGCCUGGCAGUGGAGUGGUUGACCCUCAUGGGUUCAACAUGGCUUCCAAGCUAAGCAUUGUGCAACAAGGAAACAAGAAGUUCGGUGCCGCUGUGAGUAGUGGCUCUGUUAAACUGAGCGAAUUGACUACAGGGCUUAAAUCACGGCUAGCGGGAAGUAGGGGUGAUUAUACUGAUGGGAGCAAGGUUGUUAAAUCACUAGAAAAUUUUGAGCUUCCAGACAUUCUAAACUAUAAAAUAUGGAAGUCUGUGUGUCAGCGUCUAUUCCAAGAGUUAUUAAAAAGAUACUUUCAACAUUUAAUUCAGCUACCCUUUGAUACUGCCAGGAUGUUGUUGCAAGUGGGCGAAUUCGAUGAUGUUCCGAAAAUCAAGAGCAGCCGCAGAAGGAGAAAUACUGAAACAUCCAACGUUUCUUUAGAAGAGCUGAGAAAUGAGGAUGAAACAGAUGAGGAGGUUGAUUAUUUUCCAAGUGUUGAUCCACAUUCCCGUACAAACCGGGACAAUAGCCCACAACGAACAUCGCCAUCAGCUGGUGGUCCUGAUAAUGUAAGUGCUCUUGUUCAUCCAGCAAGUCUGCAUACUAUGGAUGUUUUAAAUGGAGUUAUGGAUAUGGAGGGAACUAAGGGCGUUUGGAGGGCUAAUAAUACGUCAUUCAUUUACGAUUUUCUAUGGGAAUCAAUGAACUCAUGGUUUACAGGGUUCUUUGCACCAAUUUUACAGGUUCCAGAUCCGCACUUUAUUGAGAUAAUACACUCACCAGAUGUCCAGAAAUCCGUCGCAUUAACCUUAUCAGCAUGCAUCGUUACCGGCCUAGUGCUACUUCCUCUCGACUUAAUUAAAACUAGACUAACUAUAACCAGAGUUGGUGAUGACCAGGAAAGAUCGUUGCGUCGCCUGUUUAGAAAGUGGUCCUGGAGAGACUACAUAGGCAAGCUUCCAGGCGAGUUGCUUGUUUUAAAUGUGGCGCAUUCCUUGGUUGGUAAAGUUUUCCAGGAACUAACUCAUAUCGGCUUACACCACUAUUGCCAAAUAGAUCGUUACAGUACCCGUAUUACAUUCCAAAUCUUGGAAUUUUUCUCAAGUUGUGCACAGCUUUUCCUCAAACUCCCUGUUGAGGCGCUGUUAAGGCGUUGCCAGGUUGACUUCUUAUUGGACAAAUCUUCACCAUUUUUCGUGGCCCCAGAGGACCUAAUAAUAAAGCCUCGCACCUACCAAAACGUAUUUAUUACGUUAAGAGAUUAUAGCAGGCUUGGAGAGUUGUGGCGUGGAUGGAGAAUUGGUCUGAUGUGUGUCGUUUGCGGUCAUGGUCUGAACAUUAUAGAGCUGCAGAACACAGAUUCUGUGGAGGAAGAAAAGUUUUGA